AUGUCUUCACCCAUCAUGAGUCCAUUGAGUCCAUUGAGCCCUACGGGCUCGACCAAGGCAAACUUGUUCAGAAACAGAGUCCCGACACAACUCAGGAGAUGUCUGCCUUUGUACAUUGCUUGUGUAUGCAUAAUUCUACUCGUUCUCAACAUCGACUUGUUCGGGUCGAUGCCCAAACCUGUCCACCUCUCCAAGCGGGGUGGUCGCCACGCAACAGCAAGCACUCGUGGAUUCCCUAAGAAAAUAUGGCAGAGUUGGAAGGUUGCGCCCUUCUCAUUCGAAGCCGAACAGAUUCUCACUGCACGGACUUGGACGGACAAGAACCCUGGGUACCGGUAUGAAGUCCUAACCGACAACAACGACAUGGAGUAUGUCGAAGAGCACUACGGCCCUGACGGAUUCGAUCGCCCGGAUAUCGUCGACAUGUAUCGCAACGUUAAUGCCACCAUCAUCAAGGCGGAUUUGCUCCGCUACAUGAUCAUGUACGCCGAGGGAGGAGUGUACGCCGAUAUUGAUGUCGAGGAUCUCCGACCUGUCAGCCGAUGGAUCCCGGAAAGAUACAAAGAGGCCGACCUCGAUCUCGUCAUUGGCGUCGAGAUUGACCAACCGAACUUCAAGGACCAUCCCAUUCUCGGCAAGAAGUCCAUGUCCUUCUGUCAAUGGACAUUCAUGUCGCGACCUGGUCACCCCGUCAUGCUCAAGCUUGUUGAGAACAUCAUGGCAUGGCUUACUGAGGUCUCCAAGAACCAACGUGUGCCCAUCUCAGCAAUCAAGCUUGACUUUGACGAGGUCAUCAGCGGUACCGGUCCCUCGGCCUUCACCAAAGCCGUCCUGGAAGUUAUGAGUGCGCGUUCUCGAUCCGGGCCAGUUACUUGGGACACAUUCCACGACAUUGACGAGUCAAAAGUUGUCAGCAACAUCCUCGUUCGCGAUGUCGAGUCCUUUGCCGCCGGCCAGGGACACUCGGAUUCUGGGAACCAUAACUCCAGGGGCGCUCUUGUCAAGCACCACUACCACGCCUCCAACUGGCCGAGUCGUCACCCCCGCUUCAGGCAUCCUAUCUUCGGCGAGGUAGAGAGAUGCAACUGGAACAUUGAGUGCGUCAUCAAGUGGGACCAGGACAUUGCCGCCUUCAACUCUCUCUCCCCCGAGGAACAAAAGCAAAAGGUCGAGGAGCAUGAGAACCUUCAGAAACUUCAGGCACAACAGAACCAGCAAAAGCUGGAACAACAAAAGGCCGCUGAACAAAAGGCUGCCGAGCAGCCUUUGAUGUUCCCGCCGCCUCAACAGCCUCUUCAAAUACCUCCUGUAGAUCCUGCACAACAAGAGGAGCUGAAGAUGGUAUGA